AAGGAGGAGAAAAAAAAGAAAAAGAAAAACUAACACAGGCAUACGACGGCGAGAAAAGAGCGAGGGAAAAGUUGGGAAGGAGGAGAGGAAAGCGAAAAGACAAAUGAAAAAGGUGGACUCUGCAGCGGGAGCCAGGAAAAAAGAAAGACAAACUAUUUGAAUUUUCCCCUCACAAGCCAUGCCACUCCACAAACCAUCCCGGGCCCACCGCCUGGACCCCACCAUGAUCUCCGCCCCCCUGGGAGACUUUCGCCACACCAUGCACAUCGGCAGGGGAGGCGACGCCUUUGGAGACACCUCCUUCUUGUCCACCGCUGGUCCCAGUCCGACCACUUCCGAGCUGAGUGGUUCUGGGAUCUUGCCGGCUGCUGACCCGGAGGCGGCGGUGAACCACGGCGACCUUCGGGAGGAUGCUUCACAGAGCCCACAGCUUCAGCACUCGGAGUCCGUGUCUUCCUUGACCAUGGACCUGGACCUGGAUCUGGAUCUGGGUCCGUCUAUCCUUGGGGACGUUUUAGGGGUGAUGGACAGUUUGUCGCUGUGCUCCAACGGGGAGGCCGUGCUCAGCCCAAGGAGUGACACAUCAGUGGUGGAAAUGAAGGCGAUUAGGGGGAACAUGGAGACGUCCGUGAACGGGAACGGCUUGGAUGAAGACGGCAGGAUACCAGACGAGAACGGAUUGAAGUCCAGGGGGCUAAAACCGAAGGUGAGGUUCAGCGACAAGCGAGAGGAGAUCAUUCGCCAGCCAUCUGAAGAGGAGGAGGAUCAAACCUAUGACCUCCACGACGAUGAGGAUGAUGAUGAUCAGCUGGGAUGCCACAGCCCGGCGAGAGACGACAGCGGGAGGAGGAAGAGUCCGGCGGGAGAACCCGAGUUGAGCAACCACAAUGCAGAUUUGCCUCCCAGUCCUUCUUCAUCGCACAGCUCAGAGUUGGACGGGGUCACCGAGCUGGACAGGAGGAGGUCAGAGAGCGUCCACUCAGAGACUGAUUCGGAGGAGGAGGAGGAAGAGGAAGAGGAAGGACGGGGCUACUCAUUUGAAGACGAGUCCGAUGAUGAAAUCGGUCUAUAGGGGACAGGUAUUCACGUUCCAUGUGAACAGUUUGAAAAUACAGUCGAAGCCAGAUAUUUACAUGCACCAUAAAAAGAAACAUAAACUCUUUUCUCACCGUCUGACUUUAAAUCAAACCGUUUCUUUCCAGUUUUAAUAACUUUGGUUGAUAAUAAUGGCAUUAAAAACAGCAAAAGACCAUGUGGAGAUUUUGACUGAAGCUGAUCAAAUUAGUAUUAUAAUUCACAGUGAAAACGGUCCCUUGAUCAGCUUAGGGUAGAUGAAUGGGCUAUACAAAACAUGUUUAUUACAUUUUUUGCACAAAAUCAUUCUUAGAUAAUGAGAUUUUAGUCUUAUCAGUUCUGUCUAUUUUGAGCAGAAUGAGCUGUUUUAGGGCCUCUUGUUUCUUUAAUUCAGAAUAAGCUGCUGCUGGCCACGCCCCCCAAAAAUCUAUGUUUACACAUACGUGAAAAUGUCAGAAAACAGAUUAGCAACUAUUCAGUCGUGCAGCUUUGAAAAGCAGAAGUAGAGCCUUCUGUAUAACCAAUGAGAAUGCAACAAGUGGUUUCUGGUUGGCAAUCUACAACAAAACACUUGUCUUUUCCAGCAGCCAUUGUACAGCAAAUACAGCUGUAAAUCCAGCUGACCAAAGGUGCUGGAACUCAACUUGGGUUGCUAGGCAAUGGGCUGCUUUUGGCAGGGGUUGCUAGGCAAUGGACUAGGCUUCACUGGGGUCGUUGAGGGGCAGUAGCCGCUGAUUUGUGAUGUUACAUUCAGAAGACUUUUGAGACAGCUAAUUUUUCAGACACCAGGGAACAUUAACAUUUUACUGGACAUUUUUUUAAGUGCUUAUUCUGUUUUUAGAAACAGUUAAGACCAAAAUAAAAGUACAAAAUGUGAACCUUGCAUAAUAGGUCCCGUUUAAAGAGCUAAAUUAUAGUUUGCCAAAGCCCUGAGGGAUAAAGAAACUAAUCUUUGUAAAAAUGUCCUGUGGUCUGAUGAAACUAAAUUUGAAAUGUUUGGCCUGAAUGAGCAUCGUAACGUAUUACAGAAGAAGGUGGAAGCUUGCAAGCCUGAAUUAUGGAGGUGACAGUGUGAUGUAAGAGUGUUUACUGGAGGAGGGACUAAUCUAUAAAAUAGAUGGCAUCGUGAGAAAUGAACAGCAUGUGGAAACAUUUAGACAGCAUCUCAAGUCAUCAACCAAAAGGUCAAUGCUUGGGAACAAAUAGGUGUUUCAAAUGAACAAUAGCAGCCUAAUUAAAAAAACAGGGUGAAAGAAAAGAAAGUCAAUGCACAGGAGUAGUCAUCACAAAGCCAUAAUUGUAUAGUUAGUGGGAAGAGCUGAAAAGGUGUGUGCAAGUAAAGGUGUGUGCCUCAGUUACACCAGUUCAGUGAGGAAGAAUGGGCCCAAACUCCCAGCAAACUGCUGUGAGAAACUUGUGGAAAGAAGCCAAAUACUGAGGAAAUGUAUGCAAAUGUCUGAAUUUGAAGCGGAAAAAAACGUCUAGUCUGAUUUAAUGUCAGAUAAUGAAGGGAUAAAAGUUUGUCUCUUUGUCCAGUGUCUGUAAAAAGAUCCAGUUUCCACUGUAUUUACAACAUAUUCCUUAAUUUACCACUUUACAGCUGAAUGGGAAGCAGAAACAAUCUGAAUGUAAAGCUAAAAUAAACCAAAAAAGGUGCACAAGUUAACAUGUUGCUCAACUGGAAAAUACGGUAUUACUAUAAACAAAGGUAACAAGACUUUGUAUCAUCUGCUCACUCAAACAGCAGAGAGUUUGUAGCACUUUGAUCCGCUUCAUUCAGCUGGAAACUUUGCUGUCGGACUGAAGCUCUGUGGAAGCUUUGAUUCAGGAUAAAUGGAUCAGGUUGUUACGAUUAAAUCUACUCUUUUAUAUCCAAUUUAUAGUCUGUAUGCAGUCGGCGCUGUGUUUAUGGACCUUUACCUAUAUGUGCCUUAAAGGGACUUGUAUCCUUUGCCUUAUUGUACUCCAUACUGUGCUAUAUCCUUGUCUUAUUUGUCCCGCAUUGCGUGUUUAGAAGAGCCUCCUUGGCUUUAGCAUUGCAGCCCACAGAGGCGUUGUUGAUAAUGAGUUACUGUGAAUUUGUCACAUUCCAUAUCUGGCAAUGUGAGGCUUUCUGGUUCCGACCAAAACCACAUCUGAGAUGGUUUUAUUUUUAACUCCCCAAACUGUCCUUCAGGCUGUAGCGAUGGUAUUUUUUUUCUAGUUAGAGGAAGACAAUCAUGGGACUUAAAAGGUUGCUCAUAAAUCAGGACAAACUGUGUAUUUUUGUACUUUUUGCUUGCGUUAUUUUCUUGACUUAAAUGCUUGCUGCAAAAUUCUGUAAAAGGGAGAUACCAUUUUACCUUUCUGCUGAAAAUGCUGGUUAAAAAACCCCUCAAAUGUCACCCUGUGGUUUAAUAAACAUUACAGUAAAAACAAAAGUUAUUAUUGGCACCAGCUUUGACUGCCUCUCUGAUGCAAGGCUUGGGUAAUAUGAGGGUUUGGGAUGCUUUCUCAAACUGCUCUACACUUUAUUAGGACUCUGCUAUUUUAAUUAGGCACUUUGACUGGGUGGCUACAAACCAGGUUUCCUGCCACAAAGAAAGGAAAGGCCUUGUAAAGUGUUACCUCCAAUUAAAAAUGAGCAGUUAUGUAACUUUAUUUGUAGUGCAACGUGAUGACGGUCAUCACCUUGCACUACAAAACAAUUUCCUUCUCUUAAAUGAUUCUUGUGUUCUUAUUUUAGUGCAGCACCUUAAAUUAUUCACUCAGUUUUUCCUCAUUUUGUCACAUUCAGCUUAUUUCAUUGAGCUUUUGAUCAACAGAAGUCGUGCACUAGUGAAAUGGAAGGAAAACGAUGCAUGAUUUUCUAAAUUAAUAAAAAUCUGUAAUGUUUAGCAUGCAUUUGAGUUUAUUACAAUACCCUUAAAUAAAAUCCAGUGCAUCCAACCA